AUGACCACACGUGUCUGUUUCAAACAUUCAAACAUUCCAUUCUCUAGUUUCAAAUUUCUUCUCAUUCUUCUCAUUCUUACUGUAUUCACCACCACCACUUCCUUCACUCUAGGUCAAACCAUUACCACUGAUUACGAAAGUCACACCGUUCCAGUCUCUCAAGAUUAUACCGAUGCCUUUGAUGCUGCUGUUCAGGAAAUGAUUGUCGACCGAACCUUCAUGGACUCUUAUUUCAAUUUAAUGUAUUUCCCUGUCCCUGGUUGUGUCAAUGAUCCUGUGAAAUAUCCCAAUAAUAAUCCAUUCGCAAAUCGCAAAGCUCUUGUCAUGUGUAUGGAAAUACCAUUGUUCAGAAAAUUAAUGCCCGCUAUGUUGGGUUUUUUCCAGACCAUGAAGAAUGGUGUCGAUUCGGGAGAAUGUGAUUUAAUUUCAUCGAAUACGACUCCAACGGAUGCAAGAAAGGCAGUGGCACAUUUUCAAUGCAAUUAUGGAAUGACUUCUCAGGCUUUUAUUCGAACCAAUAAGGACCCAACUCUUUCUCUCAAGACCUUACAAGACCUUAAUCAAACCAAUGUCGUCGUUGGUGCCUAUUCUGGAACAACGUAUGAAACACUUGUCAAAACUCAACUCGGUGCAGCAAAAUACAUCUCUUACAAACAAUCCGAUGAUCAAUACACGAGUAUUAAAAAUUCAGAAGUCCAUGCAGUGAUUGGAGAUGCAGUCACUUUUCUCGUUUGGGUUCGUGAUAACAAGGAUAUAUGCACGAAUUGUAGUGUUGUCUUGUACACCAAUCCAUAUGGAUAUGGAACAUUUACAACCAAGUUGAUUGCUUCUGGAGCGACACGUUCCGUAGAAUUUGCAUUCUUUUCACACAAGAUGAUGGUCAUGUUGUGCAUGAUGAUGGUCACCAUCAUGGGUUUGCUCACUUGGUCAUUAUAA